AGUGCUUACUGUGAACAAGAGAGGUUUUUAUUGAAUGAAAAAUUGUUGAGGUUAUGUUCAACCUUUAUAGUGGAAUGAGAGGUGCAAUACUAAAAAUGCGCGCGUAAUGACAUUUUUUAAUAAUGUUGCUUAUGCAUGUAGACGAUUGUUAAGGUCUAAACCAGUUUUAUUCCAGCAGAGUUGUUCCCGAUCAACAUUUCAACAGACUAUGGAUAACAUGGAAUCAACCAAUAAAGCUGUACUUUCUGAUGAACAAUUCACAAUUUUUGUUGAAGGAAACAUUGGUUCAGGAAAAACAUCAUUUUUGAAUCAAUUCUUUGGAAAUGAAGCUGUUAUAUGUACAGAACCUAUGGAUUUGUGGAGGAACUUGCGAGGUCACAAUGUUUUGGAAUUGAUGUACGAUAAUCCAGGAAGAUGGUCAUUCACUUUCCAGUCUCUGGUCCAAAAAACUAUGUUGGAUCUUCAUCUUCGGGCCUCAAAAAACUCCAUAAAACUAAUGGAAAGAUCAAUUUAUAGUGCAAGGUAUUGUUUCGUUGAGCAUUUACACAAGCAAGGGCUGAUGUCUGCACCUGAAUAUGCCGUAUUGGACGAAUGGUUCAAAUGGAUUAUUACAAAAUGUAAAAUCAAUGGAAACUUGUUGGUUUAUUUGAGAACGGAGCCUGAAGUUGUACACCAGAGAAUAAUCGCUCGUAAUCGAAAAGAGGAAUCCGGAUUAGCGUUGUCUUAUCUGCAAUGUCUGCAUGAUCUUCACGAAGAUUGGUUGAUCAACCGAAGUUCUUUUUCUUGUCCUGUUCCGGUUGUUGUGCUGGAUGCGAAUAAGCCCAUUCCUGAUGUUGUCGAACAAUUCAAACAAUUGCAACCAGAUUUGGUCAACAGAAUGCAUUUGAAGCGAAAUCUCAAUUCAACUUGCAGUCCUUCCAAAGCGAUCAAUGGCGAUUCGGCUGCUGACCGUAGCAUUCUAAAGACCAUCAAUUGACCAUUCCGUUCUUAUCAAUCGACAAAAACAGUUGAAUCAUGUUCAAAUUAUCAAUUGAUCCUUCUUGAAUGACUUACAAGAAGACCGUGCAACUAGAACCAUAACCUUUUAUAAGAGAUCUGUCUAUGAAUUUCUUGAAAAUAGCUGCUGCAAUAAUUUGAUCGUGUACAUAAUCUUAAUGUUAGUACGUUUAAAGCAUCAGUAUGGUAAAUCAUUUUCAUAUUUCGUUUCUAUUCAGUUGAAAAACUCUCCCAAAGCAAUCGUCAAUGAUCAAUAUAUUGAUCAUUGACAAAGUAUUUUUUUCAAUAUUUACAAUUGUAAAAGUUUUAUUUAGCAGAUUAGUCCCUAGUUUAUCAUUAAUGAAUUGAUGCUUUUCACAGAUGCUAUUAAAAAAUGACCGUAUUAAUUUGUAUUCAAUGUGCUCAAAGCCAUUUAUUAGUUUGCGUCAAAUCCAUGUUGUUGAUCCUUCUAUGUUAAUUAAGACUACUUACCAUACUUCGUGAAAGUCGUUGCAUAAAUUAUUCUAUUAUUUUCAUAUUUACGUUUCUGUUAGGUGAUUGGCUUUGCCUGACUUAGACGAAGCUAUCAAUAUUAUUGUGGAUAAGAUGAAAGUUUACUUUUUCGUAAUGUCUCCAAGACUUUAAAAAUAAUGAUAUUCUUAGAAAUAGUUUACUUUAAUUGAUACAUUUUUUACGGAUGAAUAAAUACAUUAAAUACA